AUGGCUUAUGAUCACUAUGUGGCCAUCUGUAAACCUCUCCUCUACACAGUCAUUAUUUCACAGAGGGUAUGUUAUAUGCUGGAAGUUGUCCCCUUUCUCUACAGUACGUUCGUGUCUCUUCUGGUCACCAUAAAGAUUUUUACUUUAUCUUUCUGUGGUUACAAUGUAAUCAGUCAUUUCUAUUGUGAUGGUCUUCCUUUAUUAUCUUUGCUCUGCUCAAAUACACAUGAAAUUGAAGUGAUAUUUAUGGUUUUAACAUACAGUAAUUUGAUUUUCUCUUUUCUGGUCAUCAUUGUGUCCUACCUGAUCAUCCUCAAACUCAUUCUCAGGAUGAAGUCAGCUAAAGGCAGGUGCAAGGCUUUCUCCACCUGCAGAUCCCACCUGAUGGUGGUCAUGGUGUUCUAUGGGACUUUGUUCUUCAUGUAUGUGCAGCCCAAGUCCAGCCACUCAUUCGACACUGAUAAAAUGACUUCCAUAUUUUACACUCUGGUUAUCCCCAUGUUGAACCCCUUGAUCUAUAGCUUAAGGAACAAAGAUAUGUAUAUGAAAAAGAUCAUGGAAAAGAUCAUUAAACACAACUGA